AGUUGAGAGUAGGCCUAUGUCAUGCCAAAUGUAUUUAUUCAGAACGCGCAUGCACUGACAGACAGUAGCCUACAAGAAACAGGCACUAGGCACAUAGGCACACAAGUGAAACUUUGUAGCCCCUGCAAUGUGUAGGUUCCGCACAUGUUCCUAUAGCAACUGCAAUCAUCUGGUGAGCAAUGAUGUAUACAGGUCGACCACUGGUCAAAGCUAGUGGAGAAAGCAACCAAAAUGGCACUAUCACGAACAGCGCAGAGCUUUAUGGAGAAACAAGGUGUAGACUCUCUUGCCUGGUCCCACUGGUUAUCAGUGAUGUCAGCCACCACAGUAUUGAACUGACCUGGGGAAAGGAGGAGAAAGAGGAACGUGUGGGAUCGCCUGAGGAGUGGACAUGCUUCACCCUGGAGGAGGAGGAUCCCAGAAAGCACAGCUUUGCUGCAGUCUAUGUUGGCUAUGGCACACAGCACACGGUGGAAGGUCUGCAGGCCAGCACUCUGUACCGGUUCAGAGUGAAGGCAACACGUCCUUCAGGGGAGACCAUCUGUGGGCCCAUCCUGACUGCAUCAACAGCGCGUGAGCCAGUGAAUGGCAGGAACCUGCACCAGGCUGUACUGAUGAACGAUGAGGAGGAGCUGAGCCAAGUGCUGCAGUCCAGGCUGGUAAAUGUGGAUGUUCCAGAUAGACUGGGCUUUACCCCACUGAUGAUGGCAGCAAUGAGAGGAUUCCUAAGUCUGGUCCACAUGCUGGUGCAGCAUGGUGCUGAUGUCAGCAUGACGAAUGGCAGUGGGAAGAACAGUCUGAUGCUGGCAUGUUUCUGUGGGCACCUGGAGGUGGUGCGGUGCCUGCGUAAGUGUGGCGUGCCGUGGAGCACCAUGGACAGGGCUGGCUGCACAGCACUGCACUGGGCCACAGAUGGAGGCCAUCUGCCUGUCUUACAGCACCUCUUACAGGACGGCUGCAAGGUGGAUGUGAGGGACAGUGUGUCAUACUGGACGCCCCUAAUGAGGGUGUCAGCUGUCAGUGGGGAUGCUGAGAUGGCAGCUCUUCUUAUCAGAGCUGGAGCAGACGUCAAUGUCAGAGACCGCGAUGGCAAGACUCCUCUAAUGGUAGCAGUGCUAAACAACCAUGAAGCAUUGGUCAAGCUAUUACUGGACAACGGAGCUGAUAAGCAUGCUAAAAAUGGGUUUGGAUUAGGUGCCAUAGAAAUGGCAAAGUCUUUUGAGAGAAAGAACAUCUUCUGGAUGCUCACAGGAAGGAUGUUUGAUUAGAAGAUUAUUUACUUGGAAGAAUCCUAACAUAUCAGUGAGACCAUUCACCACAAAGCAAAAUAGCAGUUUUAACAGCUUUACUAAUAUAUG